AGCAAACAUUUCUUAUCUUCCUGUUGGAUAUAUCAAUGAACUUCAACAUUAACAAAUAUCCGUGUCAUCAUCUUCAUUUUUCAUCAUCAUCAUCAUCAUCAUCACAUCAGUGACAUUGCCAACAUUUCAGAGCAAAUUGAUGGCCAAUCACUUAGCAAGACCACCACCAUCAGCCACUUCUCCAUUGCCCAUUUCUUCACCAACUACUCCAAAGAAACCUCACUUUCUAAUCCCCAAUCUUCAUCACAGAAGGACAUUUACAAAUAGUUUGAUUGGAGUUGCAACUGUAAUGUUCAUCGGUGCCGAGAGUGCAAAGGCGGCGGCACGACGGCCUCCGCCGCCCUCUCCGGAGGAGAAAAUUGACCCCAAUGUGAGUGGUGUUACUGCUAAAGUAUUAGCUAGUAAGAAGAGGAAGGAAGCUAUGAAAGCCGAAAUUGCCAAGCUAAGAGAGAAAGGAAAAGUGAUAGAGUGAGAUCGAUCAAAUGUUUUGUAUUGUUUGAUUUUAGGAGUUAAGUCAUGAACAAUUGUUUGUAUUGAACAAGCUCAACAAAAAUUUAAACCUCUUCAUGUGGGAUAUGUCAAGUAAUCAUAAAUAAAAGUGUACUUGCUAUUUUUAAUA